AGCAGACAACCAGCAAUUUGUUCACUUUAGGCCGAGGCAGGUGUAGUUUGUUAGCAGCUCAGUUAGCUAGCUAGUUAGCUUUAGACACCGUUAACAAAUUAAAGUGACAAUGGCCCUUGGGUUUUGUUUUGGCAUAGCUCUUCUCCUGUCUGCGUGGCUGCCUGUAGAUACUGCUCAUAUUCCUGAAGGAGUUCGUCAUAUGGAGUGCCGUGAUGGCUUUUUCAUGGUAGCUGUUGAUCUAAACUUCACUGGAGAGGAACCUCGCUUUGAGGCUGUUGAUGGAACAGGUGCGUACCCCAUCACUGCGCAGUAUUCGACGGAGUGUGGCUACGCUGUCAGUGUUCUCCCUCUGCAGGCCCGUGUGAAGCUGCAAGCUUCUUACGCCAGCUGUCACACUGACCACAAAGAUGAGAACGCUUUCUCCUUCAACUUCAACCUGAUUGCAAACUCCUCUGGAGAGGAGGUCCUCUAUACCUUCAACAAGACCUGUUCAGUCCAGUCUCCCAGAAUGAUUUCUUGUGAUAAUGACUACAUGGAAGUGUCUGUGUGGAGUGACAUCGCAUGUCAACUUGGGACACUAAAGGAAGAUGGGAGUGCUGCUGAUAAAGCUGCCUUGGCCACCUCAGACUGGCAGGUGGUGUUUCACGGAACAGAGGAGCAGUCGAUGCCCAUGAACCUCUCUGAAGCUCACAAGCAGGGCUAUUCAUUUAAACUGCUGGGUAGAAGGCUUGUGUUGCGUAUGCCGUAUGGACAACCUCACUCAUUCCGCACGGAGGUCAACGAUGUUCCAGUGGAAGUGGUUCAUGCUACUCUGUUGUUCUCUAGACAACGCUGGGUUGUCCUCACGAUCGACCUUGUGACUGCCUGCUCCGUGUAUGAAGUUUCAUAUGAUGAUGGAUACAUGGUAUGGAAAACUCCUGAGGUGCUGCACCCUCUGGUGUCUGGUGUUCACGGCUCACAGGUCAACAUUGGGGUUGACGGUGAACUUGUGGAGCAGACCAUAGCAGAGGAGCGAGGCUACCUUGUGGAGACGCACAACGCUACAGUUGAGAUCAGCAUCACCUUUAAUGCUGAAGGAGGACACAGGAAGAGUUUUGUGGAUGGUGACCUCUAUGAGCUGCACACCUUUAAUCUCUGCUUGGAACAAACCUUGGUGGAUGAAGACGAUGCAGAGACCAAAGUCAGAGUUCACAGGACAAUGACCACUCCUCUGCUGCCACGGCCGCUUUUUACCAACAACCAAACGGCACUUGAAGAAGGCCUCUUCACCGUCUACCUGGGAGAUGUCCCCGAGGAUGUUGAGCUGACUGCUGUGGAGUUGAAUGGACACACAUUCACGGCUCCGUUUACAAAUGCAAGCGGCUACAACGUCACUGAAGUUGUUCACCACAACAACACCCAUGGCUACACUCUGACAGUGCUCUUUGAUGACCCUGUUGUCGUACAGCAGUUCUCCAAAGAAGAUGCAGCCAUGAAGCACAUGUUGGACGUCAACUACACACUGAUGGUUCUGCCUGAUAAUGGGCCUUACUACCACCAGAUGUCAGUCAUGGCACUAACUGAUGCCUCUCCUCCAGCGUUUGAAGCUUCCUGUUCAGAGUCUGGCGUCGGCUUCAGACUAACUCACCGGCCAUUUGACUACCUGUGGUACAUCAGUAUCGGUUCAGACCGGCUGACACCUGAGCUGGCAGCUCGGCACAACUACACCAUGAUCAACGACAGCCAGAGUCUGCUGCUCGAGGUGCCGCUCUUCACUCAUGGAUACGAAUACAAGAACAUUUCUUUGAAGAGAUUUCUUGGCACUUUUGAGAUCCUUGUGAGGGAUCGUGAAACAUCAGAGGUCCGGAGAUCAACAGUCAAGACUUGUCCUUUCACUCCUACAGAGUUCAUCAUGUGUUCAACUGAUGGCAGGAUGACUGUUGUGGCUGACUUAUCUUAUCUCCAACACGGAGGGAUCCCAGCCAGAAGCAACCUCAUUGACAUAUACUGUGGACCCAAAGAAGCAGACAACACCAGUGCUCUUUUCACUUUUCCUCUUAAUGGCUGUGGAUCCAGAGUCAUGCUUGACCAGGGGAAUGUGAUCUAUCAAAAUGAGAUCUUCCACAGCAAGAAGGACCUUGGUGUGAGCAAAGCAGUUCCUAACAAUUCUACUGAAAGACCCAUGGCAGUAAAUCAGACCUUGUCUGACAGAGUGAUAGUCGAGUGUGCGUAUCCUCUGGCGGGGCUCCAUCGCCUUUUCUCGAUGUACAAGUUUGAGUCUGAAAUGGCUGGUUUUGGCCGCAUUGUCCACAAUUGGCUGUCCAUGACAGAGCCACAGAUCACCACCCUCAAGCCAACAACUGCUCUUCACACCACACCUACUACACCUGCAACAACAAGUACCAGAGAACCUGGUGGUGCUUCAGCAUUUCAACCUGCUUUCCACCCUCCCGUUCGCUACAUCAAGGUUUCACGAGUGAGAAACCUUGAUACCAUGAGAAGAGGACCUGGAAGAAUCCCUCAAACCAAAGUGAACUUGGCUAAUUAAAGGAAUUUUUUUUUAAUAUUUAAAUUUGUAAUAAAAUAAAGCUGUUUUGUAAUUAAGUUGUG